AUGAUUCACGAGCUGCUCUUGGCGCUGAGCGGGUACCCCGGGGCCGCGUUCACCUGGAGCAAGAGGAGCGGUCUCCAGGUGUCCCAGGAGCUGCCGUUCCUGCACCCCAGCGAGAGCAGCGUCCUCAACCGGCUCUGCCGCCUCGGCACCGACUACAUUCGCUUCACCGAGUUCAUCGAGCAGUACACGGGCCACGUGCAACAGCAGGAUCAUCACCCUUCCCAGCAGAACCAAUGUGGGUUACAUGGGAUUUACUUGCGGGCCUUCUGUACAGGGCUCGAUUCAGUGCUGCAGCCCUACCGACAGGCGUUGCUUGACCUGGAGCAGGAGUUCCUGGCUGACCCUCACCUCUCCAUCUCCCACAUUAACUACUCCCUGGAUCAGUUCCAACUCCUCUUCCCCUCGGUGAUGGUUGUGGUGGAGCAGAUCAAGACCCAGAAGAUUCAUGGCUGUCAACUCCUGGAGACUGUCCAUAAACACAGCUGUGGGGGGCUGCCCCCUGUGCGUAGUGCACUGGAAAAGAUCCUGGCUGUAUGUCAUGGAGUCAUGUAUAAACAGCUCUCUGCCUGGAUGCUGCAUGGACUGCUCCUGGACCAACAUGAAGAGUUCUUUGUUAAACAGGGCCCAUCUUCUGGGAAUGUCCCUGCCCAGCCUGAAGAAGAGGAUGAUGACCUGGGAAUUGGGGGACUAACAGGAAAACAGCUGCGAGAGCUGCAGGACCUGCGCCUGAUUGAGGAGGAGAACAUGUUAGCACCAUCUCUGAAACAGUUUUCUCUGCGAGUGGAAAUGUUACCAUCAUACAUCCCUGUCCGGGUUGCUGAGAAAAUCCUCUUUGUGGGAGAAUCAGUACAGAUGUUUGAGAAUCAAAAUGUGAACCUGACCAGAAAAGGCUCCAUCUUGAAGAACCAGGAAGACACUUUUGCUGCAGAGCUACACCGCCUCAAGCAGCAGCCACUCUUUAGUCUGGUGGACUUUGAGGCUGUGGUUGACUGGAUUCGGAGCACGGUUGCUGAGCACCUAUGGAAGCUGAUGGUAGAAGAAUCAGAUUUACUAGGACAACUAAAGAUUAUUAAGGAUUUUUAUCUAUUGGGGAGAGGAGAAUUGUUCCAGGCCUUCAUAGACACUGCACAGCACAUGUUAAAAACCCCACCCACAGCUGUAACUGAACAUGAUGUCAAUGUUGCGUUCCAGCAGUCUGCUCACAAGGUGUUGCUAGAUGAUGAUAACCUCCUUCCUUUGCUCCACCUUACCAUUGAGUAUCAUGGAAAGGAGCAUAAAGAUGCUUCUCAGGCUCGUGAAGGCCCUUCCCGGGAGUUAUCUCCCCGUGAAGCCCCCACAUCUGGUUGGGCAGCUCUGGGGCUCUCUUAUAAAGUGCAGUGGCCAUUGCACAUCCUCUUCACUCCUGCUGUCUUGGAGAAAUACAACGUUGUAUUCAAAUACUUGCUGAGUGUGCGGCGGGUCCAGGCUGAGCUGCAGCACUGCUGGGCUCUCCAGAUGCAGCGCAAGCACCUGAAGUCCAACAGAACUGAUGCCAUCAAGUGGCGUCUGAGGGAUCACAUGGCCUUCCUUGUGGAUAAUCUUCAGUACUACCUGCAGGUGGAUGUGCUGGAGUCUCAGUUCUCACAGCUUCUGCUGCAGAUAAACUCCACUCGGGAUUUUGAGAGCAUCCGGUUGGCUCAUGAUCACUUCUUAAGUAACCUGUUGGCUCAAUCCUUCAUCCUGCUCAAACCUGUUUUCCAUUGCCUGAAUGAAAUCCUGGAUCUCUGUCACAGUUUCUGUUCUCUGGUCAGUCAGAAUUUGGGCCCAUUGGAUGAGCGUGGAGCUGCACAGCUGAGCAUCCUGGUAAAGGGCUUCAGCCGUCAGUCCUCGCUCCUCUUCAAGAUUCUCUCCAGCGUUCGCAACCACCAGAUAAACUCUGACUUGGCUCAGCUGCUGCUCCGCCUGGACUACAACAAAUACUACACCCAGGCUGGCGGGACCUUGGGCAGGUAG